CUAUGUUUGAAUCAUUUAUUAUAAUACCAUGAAUCGUAGUACGAUUUUAGGUUUCUAAAUUUAUGUCAGGCAAAAUUCAAGAUAUACGUCUGAAACAAAGUAUUUCUUUCCGCAGUUAUAUAGAAUAUCCUAUCUUUCCUUUAUAUAUAUCUAUACUACAUUUACGCUCCCCAAUGGUAUAAUUGAUUGAUACGUGCAAAUAUUUUUAAUCUUUGAAAAAAAUGGUGUAACUUAUUUAUCCUUCGUUCAUUAAAUGUUUUAGUCUCCACUUUGAAAAAAUUCACGUAGCCAGAAUUCGAUUUUUUUGCACACCUCUGCCAUAAACCAUGCAUUGCCGUUUUUUGCAGGAGAAUAUGUUUUUUUUUAUUAAAACGGUAGAAAAACGCGUUGAUAAAUAAAAUUCUCCUACCAUUUUUCAUACCUGUAAAUAGUCGUUUUCGAAUAUCAAUUGUUUUUUAAUCAAACACGUGCAUCUCGCCAUUUUGUUUUGAUGAUUUAAUAACUAUUCUUUCUCUCUCUCUCUCUUUGUGUUUCAAAAGCUACGAACAAUAUCAUUAAAAAAGACUAUCGCGUUACUAAAAAAAUUUGAAAAGUAUAACAAACGAUCGUAACGUUGAGAAUAUUUAACCGAGUUCAGGAUGCUGCGAAUUUGCGGAAAGAGGUUCCGUUUCCUUUUUCAACCUCGCAGCAAUUUCAAUUUAGUAGGAAAAGACAAUAGUGUACAGAAAGCGGCGAAUGUGUUUUAUGGUCAUCUCUCGAAUUCAGUUUCUGUGUUUCUCCGCCGACAAAAAGACUAACGAAUAAUAAGGACGCAGUGCAAAGUCCUUCCAUACCGCAAUUAAAACCUUCCACUCUUUCUAUUUCGUUUGCAAAAUAUUAAGAGUUCACUCGCUUAACAGUAGGGUUUCGCACGCGUCACUUCCAAAUUAUUCACGAUUAAAGAAACUUUAAAAAUUUAAUCAAAGCUGAAAUUGUUCCGUUAAUUAACGUCGUACUCUACAAACUACAAAUAGUAGCUUGUGCUUAAACGAACGCUUAACUCGCAAACUUAUGCCAACCAACCAACAGGUUCUUACAUACAUCGUGCAGAAAUCCUAUCGAAUCAUAAAACAGAGAAAAAGUUAUUUUUAUUAUAUAUCGGCGCGUAAAGCUUCGCAUAUACUUAUUUUGUUUAUUCAUAUCCUCUAUAUUGCUUUCUUUAUUGCACGUCGUAAGUGAAGGAGUCAUAAAUAAUAACGAAAGCUUGCUUGUAAUUUAACUGCCACGGCUAAAUCUAAUUACACGCUGUCGGACAGGGGGAAAGCCUUCAACCGUUUAAUUAAACUUUAAAUACGGUAAAAUGAUAGAGAGCGAUCGUUUCGUUAGAUUAUACGGUCAUCGAGAAAAGUUAUUUGCGAUUACGUCUUCGUGCUGCUAUUAUUCUUCCCCCAGUCAUUAAAGAGCUUACCCGAUGUUGAUCUGCUUGGAUAAAACUGACGCGAUUAAUGAAACUUACUGGUUAAUUCAAUGGAAGCUGCUGGAGAAUCGUAAAUUUAAAAGGUGUGAGAAAUUGGAUGUUUUAAACGAAGUUGCUUCUUUGUGAUGUUACCUUAUGUUUAAUUAUUAUUUUAUAAUAUGUAUACGGGAUAAAAGAUGGAUAAAAUGUAUCGAUUCCUUUUAGAGAAUCGUUCAGUUUCUUAAAUGAUACAAUAGCGUAUGUAUACAACAGUAUAUCAAGACAGUCACCUCACAAAGACAAUUUUUGUACGGAGAAACAGGAUGCGGAAGAAUCGUAGAAUUCACAUUGAAGAGGUUUUAAUCGAUCGCAUAGAAAAAAGAAUUGUAAAACAGCAGAAGAAAAGACAGCCUGGAGAGAAGGAAAAAAAUAAUGAAGCGGACUCACAUUAUCGGGAAUUCGAUUAAACCUUGUCGCGCAGACAACAAAUCUCCUCGAUUUACGUUCGAAGGGUUUCUAAAGACGUAAACGGAGAAGCAAUAAAGCAGCGUGACAACUAAAUUCUCGAGACAUUGAAUAGAUUGCACGCUCCGCUGGUUUGAAAAUUACUCGCAAAGUGACAUUGCAAGCAGACAGUACGGAUAUCAUGCCAAGAAAAUUCACUAGGUUUUUGAUAUCCGCCGAGGCCGAAAAAGAAGACGACGCGGCAGAGAGUGGCAUCUUCGAUUUGCAAGACGAGUUGUUGACAACAUACUCGGAAAGUUGUCCGAACGCCGUGGUGGAGACCUCGAAGAUGUCCAAAGAAGAGAUUUCUGUGGCCUGGACCAGCCCUUCCGAAGGUAGCGGUUGCAUAUUUAUCAGGGCAACGAUAUUGGAGACGCCAGAUACAUGGUACAUGGAUGAUCAGAACUUAGUGCUAAAGAUAUGUCAAGACUCGAGAGCCGAGGCGGACGACCAGGGGCAGGUUCUGAAAAAGUGCUGCGCCUGCGACGAGGCGAAGUACGAAGUUACUUUCGAGGGACUUUGGUCUAGAAAUACUCAUCCUAAGGACUUUCCUAGUAAAGGAUGGCUCAUUCGAUUUUCAGACGUAAUUGGAGCAUCGCAUACGGUUGAUUAUAGAUUUUGGAAAUACGAUGGUCUAGCUAGUCCUGGGUUGCAACAACUGGCUGAACUUGGAUCGACCAGGAAAUUAGAAUCCGAAUUAAAGAGUCAAAGUAAAAAGAUCAGAACUAUAAUUAAAGCCAGAGGAAUAAGUUAUCCCAAUGUGACUGGGAAAACUUUUGCAGUAUUCCGUGUUGAUCGGGAACAUCACCUGAUGUCUUUGGUGUCGAUGAUCGAUCCUUCGCCGGACUGGAUCGUCGGAGUUUCAGGUUUGGAAUUGUGCUUGGAUAGUUGCACUUGGAUCGAACACAAAGAACUGAAUUUGUACCCUUACGAUGCGGGCACUGAUAAUGGAAUCACGUAUUUGUCACCGGAUUCGCCAACUGAGCCUCAAGAACCCAUCCGUAGGAUAACUUCGAGCUACCCAAACGACUCCAAGUCCCCGUUUUACGAUCCUUCCGGUUUAGAUAUGAAACCGCUUGCCAGGCUUUACUUGAACAGACAGAGGCUUUACGAGAAAGCCUGCAAGAAUGCGUCAGAAGAUGCGCCAUCGUCCACAGAUACGGGAGCCUGCAAAGUGACAGCAUGGCGCAACUGGACUGCAUGUUCGACAGCGUGCGGUCGUGGCACUCAACUCAGACAAAGAUAUUACGAGAACGAAGCUGCAGCGGUGGCGAACAAGUGCAACGUCUCGCUAAGUGACAGGCGUCAAUGUCUUGGACACGAUUGCAAUGGAGAGCGAAGAUCGGUGAAAGGAUGCAGCGAGUCCGAAGUACUACACGAAUGGAGUGACUGGAGUGAAUGCUCGACGACCUGCGGCCGCGGAAUCAGGACCAGAACAAGGGCUUUCAAGAACAAGAAAUAUAAACAGUGCAAAGCCUUUUAUAGCGACCAACAACUUCAACAAACCGACCAUUGCACGAAUUCUGAGUGCGAUGAAAAGAAUGGAGAGGAGGUAAGCGAGAUGUCUAUCCAAAAGGAGGAGAAUGAUAACAAUGAGGACAAUGAUAACAAAGAAGAUUACGAGGAAGACGAAGCAACGUUGGGUGGAAUCGAGGAAUGGUCGCAAAAAUGCAUCGAAGAGCGUUACAUGCAAUGGUCCCUGUGGUCACCCUGCAGUUCUAGCUGCGGUAGCGGUACCCAAACGAGAUUUAGAAUGACCCAUGAGAAUUGGAAACGCCAUGAUGACGUGGAUCCUACAGAAUGUAGGCACGAGGCGGUUCCUUGUCAAGCUAAGAUUGCAUCAUGUAACUUCACGAAAGAAGAGGCAGAAGAAUUUUGCAAGAAACCGAAGGAAGAAGGACGAUGCAACGGCAACAUCAUUCGUUGGUAUUUCGACAAAGAGAAGGGAUGUAAAUCGUUCAAGUAUUCCGGCUGCGAUGGAAAUGAAAAUAAUUUUCCAACUGAACAAGAUUGCAAAAAAGUUUGCGAUAGCUAUCAGAAAGAUUUAAGGACUAACUUAUCGACUAUGGCGAAAAACUAUAAGGUAUCCCUCAGCAGCGUUCUCAGCUAUCACAUACCUGCACAGGGGCAACGCAGUACGAAGACAAAGCGAGCACACCAUGAGAAAUUAAAGUUCAGAGGUAUAGAAGCAGACAGUCAAAUGAAAUCGUCUUAUAACGCGGAAGAUGUCGACUGUCAGGUAUCCGAAUGGAGUAGUUGGUCUAAGUGUGCAGGAUGUCGUGGAUAUAAAAAUAGUACAAGAGAAAUUAAGGUACCACAUAGAGGUAAAGGUAAACGAUGUCCAACAAAAUUACAUCGUAAAAGAAAAUGUCGUAAAGAUCCAUCCUGUUUAAAAUCCGUAGCCUUGCAAGCUGAUGUUCCAAGGCGACGUAUAUACCGUGACCAAAGUUUGAAGGUAGAAGAAAAUCAAAUUUCAGUUGACUGUAAAACGACACAGUGGUCUAGAUGGUCACGUUGUACAGCCACUUGUGGAGAAACAGCACAACACAGGACAAGAAUGGUCAAAGUUCAACCUUUCGGUCCAAGAGGCAAACUUUGCCCUUCUCUGGUAGAGUACAGAAAAUGUUAUACAGGGAAAUGUCCAUAAUAAUGUUCAUCCAUACUUUUUACAUAUCCAUUUUUUAUUUUAUUUCUUUGUCUUUAAAUGCAUUUGAAUCUGAAAUUUUAUUUAUGUAUCAUUAAAUCAAGCAUAAUAGAGAUUUGACAUGAAAUAGAGUUUUUGCAAUUAUAAUACAUAAUAAAAUAUUACAAUCUCUUGACGUGAUAUAUUUUCCAAAAAUUUAUGGUACUAUAAAUAAGAACUGACAAUCAAUACCUAUUAGAUAUCACCUGAUUAUAUUAUAUGUUACAAUAUUAGUUUUGAGGAUGCUUGAUGCAUUGAUACAUAAUAUUUUAAAAUCGAAUUUGUUUAAUUUUUUAUCGCUUUUAUUGCAAGAUUUAAAAUAAAAAAGUGUUCAAAACCGAAAUUAUAUUCUGAUAAACAUGUUGGAAGGUAUAUAUGAAUUAGCAGUAAAUCAAAUAUGCAUUGAAAAAAUUCCUUUAUUUAUUGAUAAAUAGAAAAUAUUUAUGAUAAAUUUUAAAAUCAAAUUAUUGUAAUACAACGCACAAAAUAUCGUGCUACAAUUCUUGUCUACCUUUUGUUUUAAUUCUUUUCAGUUAUUCAAUAUUGAAAAAUAAUAACAAAUCGCUAUAAACUACAUAUAUGGAAUACUUCAUAUAUUAUGCAUAUGUGAUAUGAGUAAUUGUAAUAUAUAAUUACACAUAUAUUGCAUAUGAGUUUACAUAUAGUAAGUAAUUCUUUCAGUCAAAAAAACCGCAUUCCAAUUAUUCAUAAAAAAUAUGUUCAAAAAAACAAAUACAAAAAGAAAAAAUACAAUUUAUGCGAAAAAAUAUGUAGUAAAUCGAUAUUUAAAUUAUUAUUAAAAAAUGUACCGUUUUUCAAAUAUUUUAAAAGCCAAUCUAUGUAUAGUAGCAAUAAAUAUGUUUAUCUGUACAAGUAUUAUUAUAAAAUAUAUAUUUGUGGCAUUUAUCAUAUAAUAUUUAAGAAAAUAUAGAUCUCAGUUUAAGGUCGAAAAUUUCAAUUAGUGUUUAUUAAAAUUAUAUGUUUAAGAUGUAAGUAAAACUAAUUGGGCAAAUACUAUCAACAUGGAGAAAAUAUUUAUAAAUGAGGAGUGUAAUAAUAAUUUUUACAUAUAUGCUAUUAUUCAAAAGCUUAAUCCAAUAUUAUUUCCAAGUAAAGUAAAUGUAAUACAUAAUAUUUAUAUUUCAAAUAAUCGUAGUAGUUAGUCAAUUUUUAUUGAUUUUACACAAUUUGUUAAUCGUAAUCUUUUCCUUUCUUUCUCAUCUUAGCAUACUGUAAUUAAUCUUAAGGAUAAGAGUAUAUAUGUCACAUAUCGCUAGAUAGUAAUAAGUCAUUAUUAAACAAGACACAGUCAAGUUACUAUAUUCACUUACAAUGUAUAUCUGACAAUAAUGAUACUAAUGAUACUAUAUAUAUGUCGGAGAUGGAAGGACAGCGGGAUUGCCGUCGGGAAUGCUGGGAACACCCCCAAUACCAUAAUCAAGAUUUGUAUGUUUAAGCAAUAAAAAUAAGAAAAUAACUUUUAAUGUUCCAACCGGGCUUUAUGACGACGGGUUCGGGUUUAGGGUGACCUAACGGGUCACUGGACGUAGCCACGGGCACGGGAGGGACGCGUACCUGACAGAGGUACGGAAUGAUUAUAUGACUCUCCUUAAAAACAAGGAUUAACCCCAGAAGUGGGGACAGGAAUAUAUAAGGACAGUCUCAUUAGGAUGGAGAGAGCGUUUGUUAGUGAGUCGCUGUACGAAGUGCGGACCGAGUUAUCGAGAAGUUACCCGACCCGAUUAUUACACUGAUACUUGCCAUCCCGUGUGCCGUGGAUUCGUCAACAAAUCUGGAGCCAUCGUCAUUUGCGUCGGGAGUACCUAAUCGUCGUGAGUAACCGCGCUGAGUGUAACAACCACCUUAUCACAAUAAAUCGCACCCGUGUCGUACCGCAUCCAUGGCUAAUUCCCGAGGAAAUACCUCGGCCGCCCCCAACCUUACACCCGAUGACACUCCGACAUGUAUAUAAUGUAGUAUUAAAUGAAAUUCAAAACUGUUCUCUCCUAUAUAAUAUGAAUAUAGUUACCAAUAUAUUAAUAACAUUGUUCAACACUGAAUUAUGAUCUGCCAUAUCCACUAGAUGAUCAAACUAUUCUAUUUUAAAACGAAUUCGGAAGUAGAAUUGCUAUGUCGCCUUCAAACUUUUAAAAAGUGCAAGUUUUUGUUGCGACGAAACACACGAUUUUCCACCCCAUGGCGCCAUUGCUCAUUUGCUUGCACUGAUCCGAUGAAUUCACUUUUUAUACGCAAAAUGUUCGAUUUUUUUCAUAUAUGUAUGUAUUCUUAGACACUAUAUAAUAGCAAAAUUAUAAAGAACUUCUCAGACAAUAUUAUGUACCGAUACGAUUACAUAUAGCUGCGAUAUCGACGAGUUAGGCAAGCAAUAGCCGUUUGGCGGCAAAAUACCGUGUAUAUCUUCCUAAAGUUCAAUGAUAAUACCCAAUCAUUUAAAACUACUAAAUUUAAUAACUUUUAUAUCGAUAUGAUAUUAAUAUAAGUGAGAUAAGAUAUCGAUAUAGUUUUCAUCACUUUUAAUCAAAUUCUUGCAAAAACUCGUGUUCUUAAAAUACUGAAAGUGACAAAACAAUCCCGCUUUCUUCUUCUUCUGGAUUCGUAUUUGAAAUGAGACUCUCUGUAUAAUCUAAAAGGAUCACCUAAUAAAUAUCCUAAAUUCGAGAAAGUUCUGGUUUCUUAGGCAGUAUAAUUAUGAUGUUAAUAAUACAUUUUACUAUAAGCAUAAUAUUUUAUUUUAUUGAAUAGUUAAGUACUGUUACAGUAUGUUUUACUAUAUAUAUAAUAUAUAGUGUAAUAUAUAUAUGUAAGAAACCACUUUGAUUUGAAAAUCAGUUGUUUUGAAUCUCAUUUUAGUAUUAAAAAUGUAAAAUAUUCUAAUUCUAUACAUAAAUUUAUUGUCCAUUUUGUUGUCCAAUACUUUGAACUGCAUAAUUGAGAAUUACUAUAUUAUAUAUUUUAACUUGUCCUAUGUACAUAAUAUUCAUUUAUGUUACACAAUUUUACAAGACAAAUCCAUAUAUGAUACAAUAAUUUUUAAUUUAUCAUUUAUUAGAAUAUACUGUCAUAUAAAAUUA